AUGGGUAUUGCAGUAGGGGCAUCGACCCUCAACACUGAUGCAGCGCAGGCUGGGAAGCCUAAGUUGGAGAAUGUGAACUGGUGGCAUGAGCCUGGUCUGCGCAAGCUCUAUUUCUGGGCAGCGAUUCUAUGCGUUGCGUCUGCGACUACAGGUUAUGACGGAAUGAUGCUUAACACCUCCCAAAACCUGGACUCUUGGCAGAAUUAUUUCGAUUCGCCCACGGGCUCGUCGUUGGGGUUGAUGAAUGCCAUUUAUCAAAUUGGAAGUCUUGUCAGCUUCCCAUUCGUUCCUUUUUUCGCCGAUCGAUGGGGUCGCAAGCUUCCCAUCUUCCUCGGUUGUCUGCUCAUGAUUCUGGGUGGAUUGUUAGGAGCUUUUUGCAAUGGUUAUGGCAUGUACGUUGCCGGUAGACUACUUCUAGGCAUUGGGAACAGUCUCGCGCAGAUGGCCUCUCCAAUCCUCCUCGCCGAAAUCGCCCACCCCCAGCACCGCGGAAAAGUCACUAGUAUCUAUAACUGCCUGUGGAACUUGGGAGCAUUGGUUGUGGCUUGGCUAGCAUGGGGAACAAUGCAGAUUCACUCUGACUGGUCCUGGCGUAUCUUGACCCUUCUGCAGAUCCUCCCGGCAGUCAUUCAACUCAGCUUUAUUUGGUGGGUCCCGGAAUCUCCGCGUUGGCUGGUUUCCAAGGAGCGAUAUGAGGAGGCUCUGACCACUCUUGCCUACUACCACGGAAAUGGCGAUCAGAACAAUGCCACCGUCCAGUUUGAGUACCGUGAGAUCAAGGAGACUAUCCAGAUGGAGAUGCAGUACCAGAAGAACAGCAGCUACUUCGACUUCAUGAAGACCAAGGGUAAUCGAUACCGUCUGGCAAUCCUUGUCUCGCUCGGUAUUAUCUCUCAAUACUCCGGCAAUGCAUUGUUCAGCAACUAUACCAGUUUGAUCUAUAACAGCAUGGGCAUUACUGAUCAAAACAAGAAGAUUCCGUUAAACGGCGGACAAACCUUGCUCAGUCUGGUUGUCAGUGUAUCGAGUGCCUUCUUCGUCGACCGAGUUGGCCGACGACCUCUUUUCCUGAUCUCUACAGUUGGCAUGCUCCUCAUGUUCCUCGCAUGGACUGUCGUUUCCUCCGUCUACGAAAAGACCCAAGAUGUCAAAUCAACCGGCUACCCACAGGUAGUCUUCGUCUGGCUCUUCUCCGUUUGCUACGCGAUUGCCUGGCAGGGUCUUCUGGUCGCAUACUCCCUCGAAAUUCUGCCUUAUCGCCUACGUGCCAAGGGCAUCAUGAUCAUGAAUCUGACCGUUCAGGCCACUCUGGUUCUUGGAAAUUAUACAAACCCGAUCGCGUGGGAGAACCUACCUCAUCACUGGAAUUUGUCCAUGAUCUAUACGAUUUGGAUAUUUAUCGAGCUUCUGUUUGUGUACUUCUUCUACGUGGAGACUCGUGGUCCCACUCUUGAGGAAUUGGCUAAGAUCUUCGAUGGCGACGAUGCAGUCGUGGCGCAUGUUGAUUUGCAGCAAGUUGAGAAGGAGAUCCAGAUCACUGAGACCGAGUCGAUUCACUAUCGGGAACGUGCUUAG